AUGACACACAUUUCAGUAGUGGCUCCAAAACAGUAUCGGAAAUAUGGGAAACCUAGUAAUUCGCAGGAAAUGCCCCUCUUUAUAAGCUUCUGGAGCAAUAACGUUGUACCUUAUGUACUUUCGCCAUUAUAUGACCAGCAAGAACAGGCUAUAAUCAUAGAGUCGAUGUUUGAUUUACAACAAAUGUCUUGUUUCAAAUUCGUUAAACGAACUACGGAGGCUGACUAUGUAUACAUACAGCCAUUAGAUGGAUGUUAUUCUUAUGUCGGGAAAAUUGGUAUUACCUUUUUUUUUGCAUUUUAUUAUCUUGUUACCUUAGUAAAAUUAAUGGCAAAAUUGUUAUUGCUUUUAAAAAAUCAUGAACACCAGCGACCGGAUCGAGAUGAAUACAUCACAGUCAUCUAUAAAAAUGUUAUGCCGGAACAAAUGAUUAAUUUUGAAAAGAUGUGGAAAGGCAGUAUGUUGACAUUUGGUCUUGGAUAUGAUUACAAAUCCAUUAUGCAUUAUGAAGCUACAGCAUUUGGGAAAUAUGAUGCUAGAAAUCAAAGAAGAAUGAUUACAAUGAUUCCACGAAAGAAAGGAGUGGUAUUAGCUGAAAAUUUGGUACUGUCUUUAUCUGAUAUCGAGAAAUUGGCUCGACUGGGUAAAUGUAAAGGACAUAGUAAUAUUUUUUGUGUCUUACUUUCAUUUUUGCAUUUCUGA